AUGGGUUGGCCGCGCUUGCUCCUCGCCUACAGCUUCCUCGCAGUGGUCUUCAGCAGGAACCAGGAGGAGAAGCUGCUCAAUGACCUGAUGGCCAACUACAACCGCAACUUCCGCCCGGUGAAGGACAAGGGGGACGUCAUUGAUGUUUCAGUCAAGCUCACCCUCACCAACCUCAUCUCGCUGAACGAACGGGAUGAGGAACUCACGACCAAUGUCUGGGUAGAGCAGAAAUGGUACGAUUACCGUCUGCAGUGGAACCCGGAUGACUAUGACAACAUCCGGCUUUUACGGAUCCCUUCCACCAUGGUGUGGCUGCCAGAUAUCGUCUUGGAGAACAAUAUCGACGGGGUGUUUGACGUCGCGAUGUAUGCGAACGUCUUGGCGUGGCCCAGCGGAAACAUUAGCUGGUUGCCACCUGCCAUCUACCGCAGCGUCUGCUCCAUUAUCGUCACCUACUUCCCCUUUGACUGGCAAAAUUGCUCCAUGGUGUUCCAGUCCCAGACCUACAAUGCCCAAGAAAUCAACCUGCUGUUGUUCGUUGAAGACAAACAGACAAUUGAAUGGAUCUUUAUUGACCCUGAGGCUUUCACAGAGAAUGGGGAAUGGGCAAUUAAGCACCGGCCUGCCAAGAAGAUCGUGAAUGCUGGACGUGUCUCACCGGAUGAUAUCGGGUACCAGCAGAUCACCGUUUUCCUCCUCAUCCAGAGGAAACCGCUCUUCUACAUAAUCAACAUCAUUAUCCCGUGCGUGCUCAUUUCCUCGGUUGCCGUGCUGGUGUACUUUCUGCCAGCUAAAGCUGGUGGUCAGAAGUGUACGGUUUCCAUCAAUGUCCUCCUAGCCCAGACUGUCUUCCUCUUCCUGAUUGCAAAAAAGGUCCCCGAAACGUCCCAGGCUGUGCCACUCAUUGGAAAGUACUUAACCUUCCUCCUAGUCAUCACCAUCGCCAUAGUCGUGAAUGCCGUCAUUGUUCUCAAUGUUUCCUUGCGGACCCCUAAUACCCACGCUAUGUCCGAGCGAGUCCGGCAGGUGUUCCUGCACCUGGUGCCACGUUACUUGGGCAUGCACACCCGGCGCAACGACGUGCCUGCCGGGAACCCAGUCGUCCGUCGACGGAGCUCGCUGGGGCUCAUGGCGAAAGCCGACGAGUACAUGCUCUUGAAGGCGCGGAGCGAGCUCCUCUUCGAGAGGCAGAGGGAGCGCGUUGGGCUGAUGAAGAUCUUCCUGGCCAGGAUAGGAGGAGGCUUAGAGAAUGGCUGUCCCCAGGACUUUUGCAACAGCCUGCGUCAUGCUGCUCCAGAGAUCCAGGCCUGUGUAGAUGCUUGCAACCACAUCACCAGAACUUUACAAGAGAAGAGUGACUUUGACAGUGAGAAUGAGGAGUGGAUCCUCGUGGGGAGAGUCAUCGACCGCAUCUGCUUCCUCAUCAUGGCCUCCGUCCUCGUUUUCGGAACCGUCGGCAUCUUCCUCAUGGCGCACUUCAAUCAGGCACCACCGGAGCCCUUUCCUGGAGAUCCCAAACUCUACUUGCCCUAG